AUGACACAUAUCAUCAAUUUAGUUGUCCAGGAUGGCUUAAAAGAUGUGAAUGAUUCAGUGAUGAAAGUACGAGAUGCAGUAAGAUAUAUCAGGAGUUCUCUAGCUAGGUUGAAGAGAUUUAAGGAGUGUGUGCUUCAUGAAAAAAUUGAAAGCAAAUCUUCAUUAUGUUUAGAUGUGCUAACUAGAUGGAAUUCAACGUACAUGAUGUUGAAUACAGCUCAAAAAUAUGAAAGGGCAUUUGAGAGGUACGAGUCACAAGAUCCCAUGUUUAAGAUUGAUAUGGGAGAGAAUGACAUACUUGACUAUUAUGAUUGGACACAAGUUAGGAAGAUGGCAGAUAUGUUAGCUCAUUUUUAUGAGCUCACUUUGCGUAUCUCAGGCUCUAGGUAUGUCACAUCAAACCUAUUUUUCAGUGAGAUCAGUGACUUAGCCUUUAUUUUAAACCAAUGGAUUAAUAGCAAUGAUCUUGAUAUGAAAUCUAUGUGGGAAAGAAUGAGGGUUAAAUUUGACAAGUAUUGGGGAGAUGUGGAUAAAAUGAAUAAAAUUAUCUAUUUUGCUGUUGUUCUUGACCCUCGUGACAAAUUUGAGUUUAUGGAGUAUUCUUUCUCCCAAAUGUAUGGUAAAGAGAAAGGUGUAGAGCUAUUCACUAAGGUCAAGAGUUAUUUGUUUGAUUUGUUUAAUGAAUACAAAAAAAUGUAUCAACCUGCUGUUGAGCAAUUCAAUGAUAAUAGUUCACAACAAUUAAGUGGGAGUUGCACUUCUACCGGUUCAAUAAACCCUAAGCCUAAAUUCUUUCUGAAGCAUCACUGCAAGAAGCAGAAGUUGGAGGAAUAUGAUGGGUUUGAUUCAAAAACAGAGUUAGAAGUGUAUCUAAGUGAGGCAAUUCAAGAGGAAAAUGAGGAUUUUGAUGUCAUGAAAUGA